AUGUCCGGAUGUCCGGAUCUCUUCCCCGGCUCCCUUCUCUGGAGCCCAGAAAAGCGAGAACUGAUUCUUCUCUCCAAUUCUCUCUUCCUUUAUAGUAUUCUUCCAGAGGUCAAUGGGACAUCUGGGGGGUCGCUCGAGUCAUCGCUCCGUCAGCCUGCCCAGAAGUACAACUGCGAAAGCAGAUCUGGAGAAACUGCUACGAUCGUUUUUUUGGCAAAAAUCGGUGAUUUUACAACGAAGCGAAGGAAGGAUAUCAAUUCGAUGAUGGAUUAUAAAACAUGUGAAGCAAUUAGAAACCGGCAUCCGAUUGCGAAGCCAACAACGACACGAGCUGUCCCUAUGAUAAGUCGGACGGAUCAUCGUUUUAUGAGAAGUCGGAUGGAUCAUCGGUUUAAUAAUAAAUGUUGUUUCUCUUGUUACAUAUCCUGA